CACAGGGGUAUUGCGUUGAAGGGGGAGAGGGAUAGUGAGAGAUAUGGAGGCCGCGACCGCGUCAGAGUUGGUCCAACAGGGGCUGGACGGCGGCACGAGUGGCGUGCUCAACACGGUUUCCGACUCCGCGACCUUCCACACCGAGGAAAUUGGAGAUUUGGCGUCAAGCGCAGGAGGGCUUGACUCUGCCGCGGGAUCGUCGGCGCAAAUCGUGGUUGAGGAAGGAGGCGAUAGAGCCGGCUCUGUCCCCGAGGACGUGGAGUACCCUACGGAAGGGACCGCACCGGCAGCAGCAGCAGCAGGAGCAGCAGAUGCGUUUCGAGGUCCUCGAGGUCGCCGUCGAACCGUCAUCGUCGGCGGACGGCGACGGUGCGGCGGUGGCGCCGGCGGCGGCCCCGGCGGGAACAACGGCGGCGCCUGUGGCGGCGGCGCCAGUGCCGGCGAUGAGCCCUGGCCUCGCGGACAGGAGGAAGGAGAGCAUUGCCGCGGAGAUGAAGUCGUUCUUGGAGGACUCGGACGAGGAAGCCGCGGAGGCGGCGGCAGCGACCGCGGCGGUUACGGAGGAUGGGCAAGCGGCGGAAGCCCCUGGGGCUGUGGAGAGGGAGACGGACGGCGGGGCGGGAGAAGGAAGCGGGCAGGAGGAAGGGGUCGCGACGGCGGCGGCGGAGGAGGAGGAGGAGGGACAGGGGGCUGAAGAAGCGGUGGCGUUGGCAGAUGACGCGAGCAAGGCCUCCGACGCGUCGGGGUCCGUUGACGGUGAAGCCUCUUCUUCUGGCGACAUGAAGCCCCCUGCCGUUGCUGAGCGUGACACCGAAUUUUCGGCGGGCCAUGCGAAGAGGGUGAUCGAGUCUGGAGUCGUGCUGGAGAGGAAGGCCUCCAUCACCGGCGUCGUGCCUGAACUCAAGAACAAGUCCCAGUUUUCCGCCGAGGAUGCUGCGGCGACGAUCUCGUCUGGGGCCAUCUCGGAGCGGACGCGCAAGCUCAAAGAGGAGCAGGAGGCACUGCGGCAGAAGCACGCCACGGAGAGGCAGGACACCGACUUUCCCCUCAUCUCCGCCGAGAUGUCUCGACAGCAAUCGGUCAAGGGCAGGGCUCAGAUGCACCAGCAGGCCAUUGCCGCGAUCGAGGGAGGCGACAGAGGGACUGGCAAAGCCGGUUCGGGCACAGGGCGACUGGGCACAGACUGGACCCAGCGGCGCGAGACCCUUGAGAAGUUCGUCGUCAAGUACGAUAAGCCCGAAAACGCAUCCACCGCCGGGACUCCGUCUACCGGCGAAGGACCCACCAGGUACAUCCCGCUCCCGACGGAUGGCGGCGGCGGCGGCGGCGCCAAAACCCGCAGCAGCAACAACAGCUCGAGCAGCCUUUUCGCGUCGAAAGAGGUCUCGUCAACGGCGGCGGCGGCGGCUGGGGCGGCAUCCGUUUCAUCCGCCCGGGACGGCAUCGCCGUGCCUGGCGGCGGUGCCAGCGCUUCUCCUUCUGGUUCUUGGGGUGGGGAGGCCCGUGGUUCGGUGGAGAGCUUGGGAUCGGCUUCAGCGGCGGCGGCGGCGGCGGCGGCUUCGAGCGAGACGACGAACGGAAGAGCAUCGCCUACCCCGGCAGCAAGGGAAGGGGGUAACGCUGACGGGACUGGAGGGGACGCGGCAGGGGCUACGCCGUCGAAGGGCGACGUCCCGCCCGUUCUCGUCGAAGGAGGGGAGUCCGCUGUUGCCGCUGUCGGCGAUUCUGGCGAGGACGAGAACACGGCCAACGCUGCCGGAGGCACCGGCGCUGGCGCGACGGAUGUGGCGGGUGUCAACGGUGGGACAGGUGGUGCCGACACGAAAGCGUCAACAUCGUCGGCUGCUGCGGCAACAGCUCCGAGAACCGUGGCCGAAACUUCGGGAGCUACGCCCGUUUCCACCUCGUCCGCGGAAGGAGGGUGCUGCACCAUCAGCUGACGACCCGAUCCAAUCCGAUCCGCUUUUGCUGUUGGAAUCCGUGAGACACAUUGUGGUACUUGGGAGGUUUUUGAUGGAGAGAUGGUGGGGGAGGUACUGCGCAAUGUCGUCUGCUUCAACCUGUGCAGGCAGUACAGGUUCUUUAGGAGGGGAGUGGGGGGGGGGGGGUUACGAGGCAAGUAUGCGGUACUCGAGGGAUGUUUGGUGUGAGUCUAGAUGGUCGCCGAAAUCGGGCGGAAGCGGGGACGGGCGGUGAGGUACGGGGUGCAACCAAGGUGUGGGUCAUCCAGUCUCAGUUGCUGUACGAGAUAUUCAUCGUGGGUGUCUCAUCUAAGUAAAAUCAUGCCGCGGCCGCGCGUCAUUUGUUGCAUUUUGUGCUUUCCUUUUGUUCUAAUGUUUUUGGGCCAUGUCCGCUCGCUGCAAGAGACAGUCAAAGUGGGGGCACCUACUACUAUAGCGUAAAUACGGUGCACAACUACUGCUGUGGGCCGGAAAUGCAGCGCAGUUAGUGGCUUGAGCGCUAUUUGUUGUGGUUACGCAUAUAUGUCUAUCAAGCCUCGAUGAGCGCAGCACACAUCCUCUCAAAACCCGAAAGUCUUGGCUUUAUGCGGGGGAGGGAGGGGGAUGAAGUAGGGCUGGGGGAGGUACCAAGAGAGAGUAUUUGUGUGUUUUCGUCGGGAGGGGGCGCCGCUGUGUUUUUUUGAGCUAUAAUUAGCCACAAGACGUUCAUUGUUAAGCUCAGUAAAAUUAACGCAUACGCUGGCGUUGCUUUUUCUUUUUUUUUGUCCUUCCCACAUCGUUUUGAUAUCACACAAGCUGUAGUUUUUUUCCGCGAGGGCGGGGGAGGUUUCCCUUCUGUGUCGAGCCCCCCUUCUUGGCGUCUUGUCCUUCGUUUGCUUUAUGUUGUCGGCGUUCAUGUAUUUUAUCUAUACGUCUGCGUUGCGUGCGUGGGCGAGUAUGAGUGCGUGUCUCGCCGCACAUUCUUAGCUUGUGCCCCUACUUGCUGGUUGGUUCUUGAGAUGUGCGAUCUGCGGAGGUUUUGGCGUUGUCGUGAAGGUGUACUGGAUUCUUGCUUGCGUUCGUCUUGCUCAGCGCGUUUUUCUCCCUUUCCCCUUGCUGGCAUGCAUGCUCAUCAUGAUAUGCUCCGCUUGUUUCAGGGAGAUGUUACUAAACUCUCGUGUUCUCGUUUGUUUUGCUCACGAUUUUGUUUCUCUCUGCUAUGGGGAUGAUUUCAUCACACCUAUGUAUAGUGGCAGCUGUAGGCCAUGAUGAUUACUGCUGUACGCUGUACGCGUCAUGUUCCCAUCGUUCCACGAUCUAUCUGGCGCUGAUCGAUGAGGAGCGGGAUUCGAUGCCCUUGUUGUGCGACACGCUCGCAACCUCAGCAAGACAACAAAACGGACCCCAUGCGAACCGCAUCAUCAUGAACGGCGGGGUGGUGAUUGAAUUCCCCGCCCCUGCUGCGGCAUCCAGCGUUGGACACCUCUGUCAUGCUCGCUGCGUCGCCGCUCCGUACACGCCUCCUCCCGUGACCCCAAAAUUGCAUUUUUUUAAUCACUUGAUUUACUGUCCGAAUGUGCUCCUACAACAGUAGUUCUCUUCGCCAGUCCACAUGCUUCACGCACGGCACGCCCGUGUCCGUGCGUAGUUCAUUUUCUUUUCGUGCUCGCAAAGCGCUACAUGGUUAAUGCCAUCACCCCACCACCUUAGCCAUGGGAGCCGCUGUUGGGGUCGUCUUGAGUGACAGUGGGCGGCAGAAUCAACGCGCUGUACGAGGUUUUCGUUGACUCCACCAGGCGUCCCCUCACGACAGGGGAGUGCUUGGGAACAUGCACGCGGCAGGAACCAAGUAAAACGACUUGAAGAAAAGUCCACCAUCACGUACCUAACACCCAAAAACGGGUGUUUUCCUUGGAUAAAAAAAUGCAACAGCUUCGUUUCAAGACAGGUAACCUGAAGGCGUAUGUGAACGAACACAUAGAGUACUUCGUGCGUGGAAAUUUUGUGUGUUUCGGAGAGCUCCAUCCGCCUACGGUUAAGUCAGGUUUGGACAUACACAGAGAUUGUCCUGAGUACUCUUAUGUAAUGACAAAGAAGCGUACCAACUUUUUCCAGGGUUGCCUCGAACUUCAUACUUGAUGAACGGCAUCGAGGCAUGAGGGGCACUCUGCAAACAAAGCACUAGUUCCUCGUGCUGGGCCAAGAGUGACCACGAUGGUAAACGAAAACGGCUCUCUUACCAGAUUGCGUGAGAGAACCAGAUCUCCCAUCAAACCGGCGCCUUAUUACUAAACGAACAGUCAGGAGUCAGUAACAAAAAAAAAGGUGUGCCCUUAAGUACGCCACACACACCGCAAGACUUCUUUCCGCCCACUGCCCCACCCCGCCGCCGAAGCGUCAUGCAAGCAAACCACAACACGCACACUCAAAUAAACAAUGGACUUUUUUACAAAGGGGCAACAAAGAUACAGGAAACACACAGCAGCGUGGCUUGAACGUCCGCUACCACUGCCCGCUCGCAUGUCGGACAGCGCCUUCUCAGCGACACAUGGAAUCACCACUAGACCACCCAACGAAACACCGACCGACACUCUCAUGCUUGAGAUCUCGUCGUACUGGUGUAGGCAGACAAAAAACGCACACGCUCCUACUCCUUGCUUGUGCACCGCUUGAUCGAUAUGGAAAGAACCGCUGUACCAACAAAAUUAUUGAUCGCCGAUGUCGCAGCCACAACCAACAUCCAAACAACUCUACGGGGGGUCGGACUCUGACCAGGCGGGUACAAGCAGGAGUUGGUGCAUCACGUCUGGUUCCAAGAACCGCGUUCGUUCGUUCGAG